AUGACUCAAGUAAAAAAAUUAACAAGUAAACGUGCAGAGGCCCAAAAAAAGAUAAAAGUAUUUCAACGUGGGGAACAAAAGAUUAAACUUGAUAUCCAUAGAGAGCGUCCAAUUUUGCCUCCCCUACCUCUGCCAUAUCCUCCCGCAACUCGUGUGGAAAAAAUUGUAGAAAAGCUUAUAUCGAAACCUAAACUGGCGAGAUUUCCCAAUGCUUUUAUUAUGUAUAGAAAUGAAUACGUUCAAUUUUUAAAAGCUAGUGGCCUUAGUUUUCCUAUGACAGAAUUAUCUCCAAUGAUUUCUUAUUCUUGGAAACAUGAACCUCCUUGUGUAAAAGAUGCUUACACUCAAAUUUCAAGUGAAGCUGAAAGAUUGUAUGUUCAAACAAUCGCAACACCAAAAGAUUCUAACAACCAAAACCAAGGUUGUGAUUUACUUUCUUUACCUGAGAAUGAUCAAGAUAACGAUAAUCCCCCUUCUGAUAUUGAUCCUACUUUUCAAAAUGAAAAUGAAAGUCAAUAUCAUGAUAAUUAUCUUCAUGAUUAUAAUACUUUUCUUGGUAUGCCUUCCUAUUUUUUGGAGCAAUGUGAAAAUAGUACAACUGUGCAAACAAAUUCUUCUUCAUCUGAGUCUUCAUGGCUCACUGAAAGUUAUGAACUUUCUACCAACGACACACAAAAUUCUGUUGAACAAGGUAACAACGAUGAUACAUUAACAAAUCAAGGACAACAUGCAAUUUUUGAUGGUCAACUUAUUGAUUGGACCAACCUAAACGAAUCUUGCUUACCCGUCUCUCCUUCACGUCGUUGUUCUGAAUCGAGUAUAAAUUCUGAUUUGUCAUCUUGUGAUAUGAUUCAUUUAAUGAAUGAAACAAAUAUGUUAACGAUCAAUGAAACUUCACCUGCUCCGUACAUUAAUCAAAUAUUUCCUGAAAAUCUACCAUUACCAAUUUUCGAUAAUCUACACGGGCAAUUUGAUGAUCAAUCCUUCUUUACACCUUCUUUGGAUACUGACUCUCUUUCUAGUCAAUAUGAUUCUAACCCGCAAACGCCCGCUUCACCACAAUUUUCUGCUUCGUCGAUUAACGAUAAAAAUAAACACGAACUUUCCGAAAUUACAAUUGAUAUAUAUUCUGCAAUUGAUUGCGCUCUAUCGUCGUUCAAACUUAAUGCGAACAAUGAUUAUUAA